GCUGUCUAAGACGCGGACCGGGGCGUGACACGACAGCGGACUUCGUGCGUAAAAAUGAUGGUGGCCAACAUUCAGCCGCGUUAGUGAUCGCGAACUACGCGUGAAUUGUCCGGACAAGCCUUUUUCCUCCGUGUGUCAGAGCGCCGGUCUGACUCUGGGCAUAUGCUGGUCGUCCGUUCAUCAAUCCAAGCCACUGGUCUCUUACAGACUGUAAUCUUAUCAGUGUCAACCCGUAGCUGCCCUCUCUUCUAGGGCAGCUCUCGUGCGUCUUUGGACGUCCCAUUAUUUGGAUAAAAAAGAGCUGCUAUCGGUGAAAAACUUUCACCAGCGAGGGAAUCAGCCAUUGAUAAACUUACAUGCCAGUUUUGAUUGUGCGUUAAAAUGGAAAUUUGACUUGUUUAAACUUUGGACGAAGAGGAGACAUGGAUCUUACGUGCAAAGACAGGAGUCUUUUUUACCUACUUUUCCUUGCAGUUUGCACAGCCAGCGUUUGUUUUGGUGCAAGGAGAUCAAAUGUUCGGAGAUCUGAUCGUCUGAGUCCUCCGUUAGACAUCCAGUUGGAGACUAUCAACUGCACUGCUUUCAGCGUACGAUGGAAGAUGCCCCGGAGACAUGUCAGCACAAUCACUGGGUACAAGGUAUUUUACACAGAGAUGAAGAACAGUCGUCCAGUCAGCACAACCUCUUUGAUGGAAGUGCCCCUCAGUUUGGACAUGCUGACCACUGGACAAUUUGACGGACAAGCAAGCUUUGAUGUGGCUAUCAAUGACUUAAAGGUGAAAACAAAGUACAGAGUCAGUGUUGGAGCUUAUGGUUGGGCAGGGGAAGGCAGACCCAGCAUGCCCCGGGACAUCAGCACUGCUUCACAUGAAACGUGCCUGCCCCCCUCGCCCCCAACCAAGCCUGUUGUCACGGCUGUGUCUGAUACGGAGCUGGCGUUGUCGUGGCAGCAGGGAGAGACUGAAGGAAGUGCGCCACUUCUGCACUUCUUGGUGGCCUACAUCAGGCCAGAAAUGGACACGGAGUGGACGUAUAUUCGUGAGCCUAUCGAGACCAACUCCAUGGUUUUAAAAGGGUUAAUACCAGACACGGAGUACCAGUUCAUUGUCAGAGCAGUCAACAUGCACGGAGUCAGCCCACCCAGUCACAUCAACAACCCUGUGCGCACUCUCAAUGCAUCUGAUGUUGGCAGCGGUGAUUUGGGGAGUUACAUCACUGAUUCCAGAAUAGAAGAUGACGUCGGAUUUGACGUCGAUGACUCCGAUUAUGACAUUUUCAUUGAAGAAUUGAAGCCAUUCCCAGGUAUCGGACAGGACAACUCAAAAUCCCAACUCCGCUCACGCUCUGGUCCACGAUCUGGUCAAAAUGUUGUGUACCGUAUGAACACCGUAGCGCCGCCACGUCCCACUGACCCACUGGUUUCCACCAACACCUCGUCCAUCGUCCCAGACUUCACAGAUUUGCUCUUCUCAGUCACGUCAGAGACCAGUAGCCCAACAGACAUCACGACCACAGACCAAUUUAUGACUACAAGCAUCCCUCUGCCCGUCACCACGUCAAGCCCGCCCCUGUCCCCCUGGAAAGGUGAGGUACCCCGCGUGUACGACCUGGCCUGCGAUGAUACCGUGUGCCCACCUGACAGCUUCUGCCUCACUGAUUACGACGGCGGAGGUUCCCGCUGCCACUGCAACCUUGGACGAAGGGGGGACAUGUGCUCUGACGCCGUAACAGUCAACUUUCCCAGGUUCCACGGCCACUCUCACAUGACCUUUGAACCCUUGAAAAACUCUUAUCAGGCCUUUCAGAUCACUUUGGAGUUCAAGGCAGAUUUUGAUGAGGGCUUGUUGUUGUACUGUGGAGAGAAUGAACACGGCCGUGGAGACUUUACCUCUCUGGCUUUAGUCCGAGGCAAGCUUCACUACAGGUUCAACUGUGGUACAGGAGCGGCGCAGAUAGUCAGUGAGAGCCGUAUUGUUCUGGGACAGUGGCACACAGUGACUAUUUUCAGAGAUGGCAUGAGUGGCUGGCUGCGUAUGGACAAUGAAACCCCCAUAUCUGGACGUUCACAGGGUCAGUACUCCAAAAUUACAUUUCGUUCCCCGUUGUAUUUGGGUGGAUCCCCGAGUGCUUACUGGCUGGUCAAGGCGACGGGAACAAACCGUGGUUUUGUGGGCUGCAUUCAGAGUCUGACCGUUAACAGCAAGGCUACUGACAUCAGGCCGUGGCCUCUCGGUAAAGCUCUGAGUGGAGCCGAUAUAGGUGAGUGCAGUGACAGUGUGUGCCACCUAAUCACCUGUGCCAAUGGUGGCGUCUGCUUUGCGAACCGUGCUGACGGCUACAUCUGCAUGUGCCCACUUGGCUUCCGGGGAACACUUUGUGAGGAAAGUUUCUCGCUGUCCUCACCGCUCUUCAAUGAAACCAUGUUUUCAUACGCUGUCAUCCCUUGGCCUCAGUCCUCGCAGAGCUACCUGUCCUUCACGGAGUUUGAGAUCACAUUUCAGCCGUCGAAGCCCGAUGGCGUGCUGCUGUACAGUGACGAUGCCGGGAGUGGAGACUUUCUAGCUAUAAACCUGGUGGACAGAUACGUAGAGUUCAGAUUUGACUGCGGCUCUGGGGGAGCCGUUAUUAGGAGUGAAGAGCAGAUUAGUCUGGACUCCUGGCAUGAGUUAAGAGUGUCUCGUACUGCAAAAAGUGGCAUUUUGCAGGUGGACAGCCAGAAGCCGAUGGAGGGAAUUGCAGAGGGAGCCUUCACUCAGAUCAAUUGCAGCUCACCCCUCUAUGUUGGUGGAGUGCCAGAUUAUGAUAGAACUAAGAGGAUGGCAGGUGUAACGAAGCCCUUCACUGGAAUCAUUCAAAAGCUGAUUCUCAACGACCGAACCGUGCCGAUCACCAUCGGCUCUGCUGCUGGAGUUAAUGUUGCAAAUUCAGCACAUCCGUGUGUGGAGAGUCCCUGCGCCAAUGGAGGGACCUGCAGGCCCAAGUGGGACGCAUAUGAGUGUGACUGCCCCCUAGGUUAUGAUGGGAGGCAUUGCCAGAAGGAGUGUGGAAAUUACUGUUUGAAUACUGUGACUGAAGCCAUAGAGAUCCCACAGUUCAUCGGUAGAAGUUACCUGAUUUACGACAACAGAGAUAUCCUGAAAAGGGUGUCUGGAUCCAGAACGAACCUCUUCAUGCGUUUUAAGAGCACGGCCAAGGACGGUUUGUUGCUCUGGCGAGGAGACAGUCCGAUGAGAUCCAACAGUGACUUCCUCUCUAUGGGGCUCCAGGAUGGGGGUCUAAUCUUCAGUUACAACCUGGGCAGUGGUGUGGGUAACAUCAUUGUUAAUGGGACCUUUGGGGAUGGAAAGUGGCACAGAGUCAAGGCAGUAAGGGAUGGCCAAUCAGGGAAGCUAACAGUUGAUGAUUAUGGAGCAAAGACAGGAAGGUCACCUGGCAAGAUGAGACAACUCAAUAUCAAUGGAGCCCUAUAUGUUGGUGGCAUGAAAGAGAUAGCUCUCCACACGAACAGGCAGUACAUUGGAGGCUUGGUGGGGUGUGUGUCCCACUUCACUCUCUCCACUGACUACCACUUAGCUUUGGUGGAGGACGCAGCCGAUGGCAAGAACAUCAACACCUGCUCAAACUAAAGGAUAUCGUCCACAUGUGAGGCUCCAUCUGCAGCACUGUUUCUCACUGGACCAUCUGAUUUUUCACCUUGACUCCAACUUGCCAGCACCAAAUCAGUAAAACCUGAAGGAUGUUCUUCUUUGUGAAAGGUACCAACCCUUACCUGAUAUGGUUCAAACUCAAACAAGAGAAAAGAACAACGUUGCCAGUUUGAGUCGUGGAAAUGUUUCCAUGUUGUUCUUACAUUCAGCUCUUUCAUGCCAAGUUUUCCGAUUUUUAUCCAUGUUUUUGAAUUUUAUCUGGAUUAACACUUUCUAUCCAUGGCUACAGCAAAACAUGACCUCAGGUCAUUAGAGGAGCAAGAGAAACCUCAGAAGGACUAUUUUUUGUGGGAUGAUUCUCAUUGUAUCUUUUUUUUUUUCUUAUGUACUAUAAACUGCUCUGAUCAUUGCUGGAAGAACCAAAUGAUCCAUGGGAUCAAAAGUCACCGUGAACCUGGCCUAGAGGAUUCUUAGAGGAUUUUAGUUUUUGCCCUAGAGGGUUUUUGUUGUCUUUGUUGUGACAUUUGUAUUCUUGAUUGUGAUGUUUUUCUCAUGUCUGAUCUGUCAGGUUUUAGGCAUGUCCAUUUUUUAAGGGAAAAACAACAGCUGCACCAAACCCCUUUUAUUUUAUUUUUUUAAACCAUUCUUUAAGUUGACCUUAAGUUCAAACUCUCAGAUGUUAGUCACAUGAAAGUCUGCUGGUGACACAGUGGAGCAGCUAAAAUCUUUGAUAAAGUAGGCAUGACAGCGUGUUAUUGUCAUCUGACCCAACCAGUGUGGUGGACCUCGGCCUUUGAGUUCAUUUGCUCUGUAUCUCUUGUCAUCAAAUUAAAAAAGCAAAAACAAAAUAUAUAUUGUUUGCAUGCCUCUGUACAAAAUUAUCAAUUUAUUGUUUUGUUUUUUUAUUCUUCUUAAAAGGAGAAUUUUGCAACUGUUUCUUUUACACUUUCUGAAUUUGCUUUUUUACAGUCCCACUCAUGGGGGAAUCAAAUGGCAUGUGUAUAUAAUGUUUAAAAUAUGAAUAUACGUUUUCAGUGUAGGAUUAUGUGACAAUAAGAAAUAUUGUGUGUUUGUUGUGUUUUUGGUGUGAUUUCAAUCACUCGUUCUCUAGGGAGUUGCACUCUGUGACUUCACAACAAGAUGUCAUUACAACCUACAAACUGGAGCUGUUAAAGGAAUAUUUUGGUGGGUCAGAACCUCCAUAGCUCUAUUAUUAGAUGGCGAAGAUUGUAAACUUUCAUCAAGAACCAAACUGAUGUGAAUGGAAACAAUCUUUCGUCAGAAUGAAGUGGGUGUUUGCAGCAAAAUGGAAACUGAUGUAAGCCCAGGUAACAAGAGAACUACGUCAUAAAAAAUGUCAAUCUUGAGCCUUUGAAAUGACCUGUUUGGACUGGCAUCUCUGUCCACUCGCUGCCAGCAAAAUGAGUUGACCUCUCCCUCUAACACUUGUCUGUUUUGGCAUGUUUAAGUUCAUAUGCAGGUUCUAGUGAAGCAGAGGGAUGAACUCCAUUUUGCAUCUAUUGACAGUAGCAGAUCCCUGUACAACCUGUCCUUACACUUUCUGCACACAUGUAAAGUUAAAAUUACCUCUGUUUAUCUGUCGGGACCCCAACCUCAAUAACAAAUGACAUUUACACUCCAAACGAACAUUAACACACCAAUAAUAGACUUGUUUUGACUCCACAAUGAUCCAUUGAGUGUCAGAACUUCCUUAAAGAUGUGACACCAGUCUCUGGAAGGGUUGGAUGAGGGCCGGCUAUAGUAACUCAUAGUAAUACAAUGAAGACAUAAAAGCUAAAGAUCUUUGUUGUCCCCCAACAGAGGAGCCUUUGAUUAAAUACACCAUGUCAACAUGGAAUAUUUGUACCUGUGGAUGAUGAUCUGGUUUCCAAUUUUCUCAAAAGGAGUAAGUCACAACAACAGGGUUUGAGGUAUAGUGGCCAUAGAUGUUAGGAGAGGAUUUUUCUGUUGUCUGAUCAUAUGGUUUCUGUGUAGCUGUAGCUUUAGUUUAUGCACACUGCCAAUGUUGGAAAGCAUUUAUUUAUUUAUUUUUUGCUUUUUUGCUUUGACCAGCUCUGUGCAUUUUUAAAAUUGCUGGAGCAAGCAGGUAUCAUGCAUCCUAUCUGAGUGCACAAACAAAAUAUAAUGCUUGUCAAGCCUUAAUGUCCCCCUAAAAAAUCCCCUCAAAUUACAAUAAGCACUUCCUAGUUCUGCAGAGCUGCAUCAUGAUGCUGAAAGUUCGUUAAAUGAUGAAAGGUCAAUUGUGGGCGAUUAAAAGAGUAAAUAUUCCAGGACAGCAGUCUCUUCCUGUUCCAAGUCAGUGAAAAAGUUGACAUGAGUUGAAUUGUUUUAAACCUGCUGCACAAAGAUCUGACUCUUGCGAUUUAUAUUUGUAAUUAGUUCAAUGUGACUGCUGCUUGUCAAAAACUAGAAUCUGUAAAUAAAUGAUAACCAAAAAGCCAGCUGAUUAAAUAACUUAUC